GUUUAAUGACAUCACCCUCGUGUCGAAGUCUUCUUUCUAAUAGCUCCAGGAGUUCGUCAUCAAUGACGGGAUUCAACAGCAAUGCCGAUCUGUUUGAUGAGGCCGGAGGAAUGGAAUCCGGCAGCCAUUUGUCUACGUUAGGAAGGUUAUUCGCUUGGGAGAAGAAGCUAUAUGAUGAAGUUAAGGCUGGUAAUGAGAUGAAGAAGAUAUAUGAUCGAAAAUCUUCGCAAUUAAGCACCGAGAAUGCUACCAACAAGCAAGGAAUCGAAGACCAAGUCAACGAUUUAUACUCGAGACUUAUGGUCAGCAUAAAGAUCUGCGAUUCAAUCUCUAAGCGGAUCGAGAAAGUGAGAGAUGAUGAACUUCAGCCACAGCUCAUCGAGUUGCUACAUGGGCUAACGAAAACUUGGAAAGUGAUGUUAGAAUCGCAUAAAACGCAAAGCAGAACAAUGUUCGAAGUAAGAACAUUCCCAUCCGCGGCGGCUUUGACCAGCGAUCGAUCCCGUCAUCUUGCAACUCUUCAACUCGAGGCCGAAAUCCAAAAUUGGCGGAUGUGUUUUUCAAGUUAUAUCGCAGCCACCGAAUCAUACAUUGAAGCAUUGAGCGAGUGGGCUUACAGAACCAUAGCCCCGGAAAACGAAGGCAGUCCGCCGCUUGUUUUUGCCCUGUGUCGAGAUUGGUUGACCGUUACAAAGAAUUUACCCGAUAAAGCCGUGACUUAUGCUAUGAAGAGGUUCGCAAAAGAUCUCCGAACCCUGUGGGCCCAACAAGGAAUCGAACAGCAACAGAAACGGAAGGUUGACCGGCUCGUGGCUGAAUCAGAGAAACGAGUGGUCGGCUUCGAGAGGGAAGAGAGGAAUAUAGUCAGCUCGAAGCCGAUGAACAUGAAGAACAAAGUCGAUGUUCUGGCCGAGAAAAAGGCUCAGCUUGACGGUUUUACUAAAAUGGUCGAAACCGAGAAGGCUAAACACAAGGAUUACGUUGAAGAAACAUGUCGGGUUAUUCUGGUAGGAUUUCAGACCGGGUUUUCUUCCGUUUUCGAUUCGUUAACACAGUUUUCCGAGGUUUGUGUGAGGAAGUAUGAUGAUGUCGUGCAAAAUGCGACAUCAGGACCGAAUCCGGUCCUUGGAUGCUGAGGUUGUCGGCGCGUAAAAUAUGUCAUUUUUUGCUUGAAGCAUCUUGAAAUCGAAAAUAAUAUGCGGGGAUUCAAUCUG